GCGGCGCGGCAGCGCAGGCAGCCAACGCAGCCAGUGGAUGUGAAACCACCGAGUGGCGUGCUGCGUAUGUGAGCGUUCAAAGGCGUACAUGUUUACGUCGUGUGGUUAAUCGUGCGCGUCAGCUGUUGUGAUCAUCAACCAACAGCGGAGGAUUCUUGUUUGCGUGCGUUGUACUGCUGCGUGAGAUUCACCAUGCAUCUAGGUAAAACAACGAAGACACGAGAGAACUUUGGUGGCUGGGUGCUGCCUGUGGAGCAGAUGGACAAUCUUAAAAAAAAGCCAUAUUUGUACAAUGCAAGUGCUGGCUCGGUAUUGGAACUUCUGUUCCUCCAGAGGUUUUGGAUGUGGUGCCUGAAGUUUGUGCCUGAAAGGACAGCACCGUGUGUUCUCACGUGUUCAGGACUUGUAAUAAAUGUGUGUUGCUGUUUACUUCUUCUAAGCUACAGCACUGAUCUUCGCUCAGAGGCACCAUGGUGGACCUUUGUGCUGUGUGCAUUAUCUUUGUUCCUGUAUCAACUGCUGGACGCUUUAGAUGGCAAACAGGCCAUCAAGGUACAGAACACUGCACUGGAGGAAGUUUACGACCAUGGUUGUGAUGCCCUGUCUACUUUCUUCGUUACUACAUCUAUUUCCAUCGCCAUGCAAAUGGGUGAUUCUCCCGCACUCCUGGUCACUUUUUUUUUUCUGUCUGCGCUGGCAUUCUACUCCACCCACUGGCAGGACUAUGUGACUCACGUGAUGGUUUUUGGCAAGGUUGAUGUCUCCGAAUGCCAAUGUUCCAUGAUGGCUGUGCACCUUUUGACAGCUAUCUAUGGCCAAAAUCUAUGGAUGCAGAAUGUAUUCUACGGCAUUCAGCUACGUGAGGUUCUAAUGCUGAUGUCCUUUUGCUGCCUGGUCUUUGCAAUAUUGGGCAACAUUCGUAUUGUCCUUGGCGGCAAGACGCCUCUUGAUGGCCUUGUCAAGAUUCCUCGUCGUAGGGAGCGCACAUUGUACCCUAUGGCUGCUCUUCUGAGCCUGUCUGCUUGUCUGUGGGCUACGUUCAAGACCGGUCUCAUGAUUGCCCAUCCUGUGAUGUUCCUGGUCACGUAUGGCUUUGCUUUUGCAAAGAUCACCAUCAGGCUAGUGCUGACAACUGUGUCCUAUGGGGAAUUAGACCUUUGGGACAGCAGCCUGGUUGCACCGCUCUUCCUCUGCCUGAAUGCUCUGCUCAGUACAACACCCCUUUCACUGCCCAUCUCUUCAGCACUUAUGUGUGCCAUGGUGUACAGUGUUAUGGACUUUGCUCGUUACUUCACCUACGCUAGCUGGGACAUGCGGGAUGCACUGGACGUGUGGAUAUUUUCUCUCAAGUACCCCGUCGGAGACCCGCGCUGUCGUAACGGCAAUAACGGCGUGUACCUCACAGGCCUCAACAACGAUGAGCUACUUAAGAAGGCACGCCCAGAAGCAUCUGCCGCCAGUGUUGGGGCAGGAUCGUCCAAUGGCACAAAGCAGAAGGGUGGCAAGCCGAGGCUACGGAAGUACCUUGGCCGUAGCAUGGGCAAGGAGUGCCUCAACUAAUCAACCGAGAGCGACCAUAGUGUACAGAAAAUAAUGUAGAGAAACGGGAUGGCGUAAUGUUAGGAUUCUUUAGUCCUCUUCAUACUUUGUGAAUGGCUUGAGCAGCAACGCACCAACACAUUAUGACUGGAUUGAGGCGGGUAUAGGUGGCACAUGAGGAUAAGGAAGAAAAUCAAGUGAAAGGAAUCAUUACAUUAUGCCAGCCCUGAAUAUGUUGCAACUGUUGUAGUUGUAUUCAGUAGCCUUGCAGAUUGGGCAAGGAGGUAUCUGAAAGCUUAUUUUUGCUGGAAAAAAUAUAACAGAAAUUAAAUGCAUAUUUGUGCCGGGCUUGAAAGCUAGGUUUCAUGGCACUGGUGGGAAUGACUCUUGAAAAAAAGACUGGCUGCUUGUGUCAUAUAUUUGCUGAGCUGUAAAUACGUAAAGUUAGUACUGCUAUAACUCAUUUGAAUGAAACCUUUGGAUGUACAGAUUCACAUCUUGUAAUGUAAACGUAAUCAGUUUGCCCAGCUAUCCUGGGCAAAUUGUGGUGGACAGAUUACCUGUCACUAGGUGCAAUUUUCUGAAGUGGCAGUUAUACCUAACUGGGUAAACGUCAAAUAUGGAAAGCUUCUAUGAUGGAAAGCUGCAGUUGGGGAAAUGCAGCACCAAGGCUUGUCUUUUUGCAGUUCUGCAAAAUGAAAGAUCUUGUAGAGAUGCAUUUUACAUGAAUUUUUACAUGUGAUUCUUUCUGUUCUCGGCUGUCUGUUAGGGUGAGAUUUUGGCCACUUGGUUGUUGCCUCAAGCUGAAGCAUACAAUCAAAAUUUGUAAAUGUUAAAGGAAAUCGAAGGCUAAAUUAAAUUAACUAACCAUCACAUUGGUUGAUGUUAUACACAGCAGCUAUGUAAAGUGAUGAUUUAUUGUUAUAUCAUUUAUUAUGGUGCAAUAUUUAAAUGGCACCUUCAAUGGAAUUGCACCAGCAUACCCUGGUGUGCCACUUAAUUUGGUGCCAGUGUGUCCCGGUGCGAUUCAAAGACAGUUUUACUGUUCUUUUAUGCGUGCACUUUUGUUAGGUUCUGAGUGAAGCGUACAAACCAUGUCAAGUUUCUGAACAUAGUGAAAACAUUUCACUUCAAAAAAGUGAUUCGACAGUUAUCAGUGUUCUCUACUUGAACUAAUGAGCAGGCUCAUGUAUUACAUGCACGGAACACUACCAAUGAAUAAUUGCUUCAAAAAUUUAGGUGUCAUGUGUUAAGCGUUGUUGAAUGAGAAAGUAUAUGGGGCAAAAGAUUACUUCUACAGUAGCUUUGAGUAAAUCUGCGACAUGGUAGAAUCCUGUGUGGUUAGUUAGUGUCAAGAGUUAAAGGCUCCAACUACAAAAGUUAGGUCGAUACUGUGAGCACAGUUUUCAUUUGGGAGCAGAAACAGUGGUCUUAUUGACUAUGUUGUAGCUAGCACCAUCUCUUUUUCCUUUUGCUCGUUCAUUCUUUGGGAGGAUGUGUAAUCCUAUGGAAGCAAUAGAAAACUCGACAGACUGCUAAAUAUGGCGAAGUAUGUUUUAACAUUGAACCCGGUCUUGUAAAUAGCACAUGCUUUUGCUUAUGGACCAUGAAACCCUGUUGCCAGUGACAUAUGUACAUUGCCAUGUUUCACAGGAGAAUGGAACGGGCCACCUAAUUUGGUAGUGUGCUUAUCCACCCACCAUUUUUCUUAUUAUGCAGUUUAGUUCUUCUUGUGAGCUUGCGUUUCACAAAUUGUUUCUCAGCUUGAAGCUGCUCCAGCGAAAUGGUCUUGGUAUUCAAAGUAGCAAGAUGACGAAGUGUAAUUAUGCUAAAGCUUUUGAAACCACUGCCUUCGAGAACUCUUCUGGCGAACAAAUCAAACACAUGUUAAUGUACGUGACUCCCGGUGUUUGUGAUUUUCUUUAGAUUUGUGUGUUUGUUACUGGUGUUUGUUAACACAGCAGCAGCAACAGAAUUGUUCAAUGUUUGCUGAAUGUAUUUGCAUGUACAUUUCAUUUUUCAAUUUUUUCAUCCAAUAAUCAACAAUGCUUCAGUGCAGCUUAUCAAGGCUAGACGUCCAUUGUACUGAAGCAGUUCAUUUAAAGAGAUGCCAUAUGCAAAGCAAAUCAAGCUAACGAAUUGAUUACUGUGCCAUAAUGUCCCAGAUAUCACGUUCAUUUAAGUUUUACAGGCUAUAAUAUUUGAGUUUUAUAGGUUAUAAAGUGACAUAAAUGUAUAACAGGGUUGACAUUAUCAAAGUGAAAUGUGUCUUCAGCUUAUGAAAUCCCAGCACAAAUAUUGUACAGCAAUUUUGUUGAAUGCCAGCUCCUGAUGUCUUUAUGCUACUUGGCAAACAGUAGUGAACAACUGGUAACCGAUAAUUAAGGGACGGUUAUAUCGAAUUUCCCCAUGAAAGAAGUCACAGUUUCGCCGCAACGGCGAAGCAAUGAAUGCAAUAGCAAUAAAUUGAAAUGUAUUGCGAAGAACGGAAAGCAGCUCGAAAUUGCCAGCGCGUCGCUCAAACCGAAAGGACGCACGAAAAGAAUGCACACAGGACGAGCAUGAACUAUCAUGCGUCACAGCUCGAUACUUGAAGCGCACUGCCCAAACAUAAAGCAGGACGCACGAAAUGAACAAACAGGUACACACAGGACGAGCGCGAACUAACUGUCACAGUUGUUACUUAUUUCUGUUUGAACAGAGCGCGCUCCUUUCGCAAACGCGGCCACUGCAGCGAGAGAAGUGACCUUCAUACGCUCUGUGAGUUCAACGCGAACAUUGCGGGAAAAGCUCAAGACAUACAACCCCCGCCCCCUUCUUUCCUCGGGAUAAGCGCACGAAGGCGACCACGCCCUGUAGGGCGAAGAGCGACAGCGUUCGCAGGAGCGGUGCGACGAUCUUUAAAGUGCGCCCCGUGCGCUCUUCGCGCAAUCUCGGUGUUGACCAAGAAAGCAUGCUGAAGUGAAUGGUGUAUAUAAAUAGCUCGCCAUUAGCAGACUGAAAGACAGUACUCUUCGUGGCCUAGCCGUCUAACGCCGCACGCUGCGAAGUGAGAGGUCGCCCGUUCGAUUUCGCGCAUCGGAAAGUUUUUCUGAAUUAUUUUCCUUUGUGGCUUAUAUAUAUAUAUAUAUAUAUAUAUAUAUAUAUAUAUAUAUACCGGGUGUCCCAGCUAUCUUUAGCCAAGGGUUAGAAAAUACAAUAUUAGAGGCAGGCGAGUGAAAUCAGUUGCAAAUUGCUGACAGCCACCUUGCGCGCUACAGACAAUUUUUUGUCUUGUAAUUAACUAAUUUGUUAAUUAGGACGAUUUAACUAAUUUGCUAAAUAUUGACUUUAGGCAAGAAAUCCUGCUUGCAAUGUUUGAGAGCGUCCUCAAAAACCCCAAUCGCAUCAUUUGCGAUAAAGAAAGUCUCACGUAUACCAUUUUUUCCAAGCUGUAAAGAAAGCCCGUGAAAUACAAAAAGAACCACGUGACUAGCGCGCACGCGCGCUGCGAGAAUGCUGCCCUCAGCCGAGGUUUGAACGAACGAAAUCACCUGCGGCCGGGACUCGCCGGCUCCGUUGCAGCGGUAGGCCUAUAAGUGGGCGGUGGUUUCUUGGCCCGUUGCCAGCCAGCUGCGCGACAGUGCAAGUUGUAGCGAGCGCGGGCCAAGAAACCACCUUUAACUUAUCGGCCUACCGCUGCAGCGGAGACGCCGAGUCGCGGCCGCAGCUGAUUUCGUUCGCUCAAACCACGGCUGAGGGCAGCAUCCUCACGGCGCGCGAGCGCGCUAGUCACAUGGUUCUUUUUGUAUUUCACGGGCUUUCUUUGCAGCUUGGAAAAAAUGGUAUACGUGAGACUUUCUUUAUCGCAAAUGAUGCGAUUGGGGUUUCUGAAGACGCUCUCGAACUUUGCAAGCAGCAUUUCUUGCCUAAAGUAAAUAUUUAGCAAUUUAGUUAAAUCGUCCUAAUUAACAAAUUAGUUAAUUACAAAACAAAAAAUUGUCUGUAGUGCGCAAGGUGGCUGUCAGCAAUUUUCAAGUCAUUUCACUCGCCUGCCUCUAAUAUUGUAUUUUUUAACACUUGGCUAAAGAUAGCUGGGACACCCUGUAUAUAUAUAUAUAUAUAUAUAUAUAUAUAACUGAAUGAAUGUGGCAUCAUGUUUGUGCAGCUCUGUAAAUGAGAGGCAGCAGCACUUGGCAGAGCACUGUUCUCCAAGACUGCAGUGCCAUUCUCACACAGCUUACUGUUUCUACCGGUGACACACUUUCAUCAAUAUUGUACGAAAGAAAUUCCGAAAUGUUUUAAGCAUCGUUGUUGAUUAAUCAAGCGAAUGCGCACCUUUGGUGACCCUCUAGUGUGAACUCAUAUUGGCUUGGCUGACAGUGUUAUGUGAUACGUAAUUUGUCUGCGUCAUAUGCGAGUCUUGAUGCAUAGGAAGAGAUGGAAAGCCGCAGUUUGGGCAGCGAUCAAAUAGGCUGCAGUUUGUACCUGUGAUGCUAGUCUGCAAUGUGCAGCAAACGUUGUUGAUAGUUGUGUAGCAAGGCACGUGCUACAGAAGGGCAAAGCUUGGCGGAAAGUCUUGGACAUUGCUUGUACGAUGAUUCCAAGUUGUUGCGGAGACAGCUUAGUUGCACUUGCUAGUCAGUGGUAUGCAGCAGCACAAUAUAUAGUGUGUUCUUCUUGUGCCAAGAAUAUAUUUUUUAAAUGUAUGGGCUUGCUGUGGGGAGCCUGUUUAGUUUUAGUGCCAGAGAAAAAACAGCUACUGCUUCUGUCAUUUAGCCUGAUGCAUUUUUCCAGGUGCAUGCUGCCCUGUUAGCAGCGACAGCACAGAAGCAGCUGUAGUAAGCUGAAGUUUAUGAUUGUAGUGAACAUUAAUAGGUGCCACAGAGCUCUUGAUUAGUGCAAACAGUGUAGCCCUAAGGUUUCAGUGGCUGAUGUUUGAAAUCUAGGAUUGGAUUAUUCCUUUUAACACUGAAAGCCAAAAGACAUCUGUCAAUGCUGCUGACUUUUUUCUCUUUCUAAAUUAGUUGUAGCAGUAUCUGCUUGUUGUACAUUAUGAUUGGCUGUGCAGUGAUGUGCAGUUCAAAGUAAGAGGAGCUACCAAAAAAUUAAAGCAAGACAUGUACUUUGUGUGGUUAUAAAUUUUAUCUUAUGGCUAUUGCCACUUCAUAUCAGCAGUUACUAUGAUGGCUGCUACUUGACUUUUUAGCUCACAAGUUCUUUUCCAGUUUUCUUUUCCCCCAGUGUUUUAAGUUUUGCACCUAGGUGUUCUUUGCAACUUGUCAUUACUUUUUUCAUAUCUUUGUUAUUGUUUCAUAUAGGUCUUAAAGGGGUCAUGAAGCACCCCUUGGGCUUGUUGAAAAAACACAUCCUGUGGAAAGCUGACACGGCUAUGAACUGCUCUGCCAAAUAUUACAGUCGUGCGCGCCGCGUAAAAGCCACAAGCGGAGCGCGAAGUUGCCGUUUCCCCAAGCACCCUCUUUUCAAACAGAGGCCGGUUCCCACUCUCGUCGGUGGGCGGGGCGUCUGCACGUUGACGUCGCGGAUCUGCCAGUUUACGUCGCAAGAGACAUAGCACGCUUAUUCGCUCAUAGCCGACGUAAAUCAAGAGCGGCGUUCGGAUCAGAUGCGCUUCUUGCCACGGGGUGCCGCCACUUGCCGGCGCCGCACUCCUCAGUACAUGGUAGCCGCACUCGCGCACGCGAAUCACAGCGGGAGAGCGAUCGCGUUUCAUGACGCGCGCUGACGUCCUCCCUAUGUAGCUUCCAGUGCGUUUGUCGGCACGAGAAAAGAGAGAAAGCGUUGAGAGCGUGCGCCAAACACCCGUAACUCCACUCAUUCUUGACGGAUUCGAGAAAUCGAUUCGGGAGGCAGUAAACUCCGAAACUGAGGUCAUUAGAUCAUUACUUGGAAAAGUGGUUCAUGACCCCUUUAAUCGUGCACAUUGCUCACUUUUGGUUACUUGUUUACAACUUCUAAUUGUCUUUGUAUGCCCCAAAUAAACGUACAGACUUGUUGCGUGUAGCAGCAGGAGGGGCCAGGUGUUCAUAAGAGCCAGUCUUACCAAAUUUUUUUAUUAGCUCUUGUAACAGAUGCUUAAGUGCCAAGUGAUACCGUCUGGUGAUAUUGAGAGUACCUGAACUUGCUUGCUUUGCCGACGCACAAGUUGCAGGAAACUGUGAACACUGUCUGCAUCAGCAAUACUUCUCAUAAAAGUGCACACAUAUAUCAUUUC